GUUAUGAUUGUAACAAGAGGCAUGGAUGAUUCCUGUUAUAUUUCAUUCCCACAUGAUCCCUGUCCGCGCCAGCAGCUGCAGCAGCGGCCCGCGCCCCCUGGCCUCCCGCGCCGCGCCCCGAGUUAUGAGCCACGGAGCCUCGCACCGCGGGCCCCUCGCCGCCUCCUCCUCCUCCUCCUCCCUCUCCUCCUCCCUCUCCUCCUCCUGCUCCUCAUGUUAACAGCUAUUUAGUGCCUCCCGAAGGUGGCCCACACGAGGCAGCCUUCACUCCGCGACGCGCCCUAAAUCACGCGCGUGCCGCCCUGCCGCCCUCAGGUGUGACGCCGCCACGCCGCGCCGAGUGUUGACGCGGCUGGCGGUGCGGCGGGCGCGGCGCGGCGCUCAGCGGCGUGCGCCCCGAGAGGCAACGCGACACCCGGCUGGCGGCGAGUCGGCGGCGCGGAGAGACCUCAACAGACCAGCGAGUGGCGGGCGUGGUGGUGGUGGUGGUGGUGGUGGUGGCAGAGGUGUGGUGGUGUGGUGAGGGCGCCGCGGCGCGCGCCAGCCUCCGCCAGGCCCUGCGGGGCGCGACGGGCGCCAGGACACGGACUCUGCCCUGGUGGCGCCUGGCCGCGCGGGCGACGCAGCGGCAGCGGGCGGGCGUGCCGCGGCGGGCGUGAUGGGCGAGCCCCGGGGUGGGCGCGGGGAGCUGCACCUGUCGGGCCUGGGCUACCUGCACCCCGUGCACGUCCUGUCCCAGCUGGCCCGCCCAGUGCCCCUCCCCAUGGGCGUGCCGCCCUUCAGCCUCGCCCCGCCCAUGCCCCACGCCCUCAAGAUGAUGGGUGGCGGCAUGGGCGCCAUGUACCCCUGGGGCUUCAACCUACACAGUCACGUGCUGGGAGCCGUGCGGCCCGGCGCCCACGCCCUCGGCAGGAGCCUAGCGUCCCCUGAGAGACUCAGCGACGCGCGGCAGGACGAGGGGAAAGACUGCGAGGAGGGCAGCCUGGACGGUGACGCGGCGGCCAAGAGGCGACGCUCGCGCACCAACUUCAACUCGUGGCAGCUGGAGGAGAUGGAGCGGGCGUUCGAGGGCUCCCACUACCCCGACGUGUUCAUGCGGGAAGCCCUCGCCAUGCGUCUGGGCCUCACCGAAAGCAGAGUCGCCGUGUGGUUCCAGAACCGGCGAGCCAAGUGGCGCAAGAAGGAGAACACUCGGAAGGGCCCGGGCCGUCCCGCCCACAACGCCCACCCGCAGACGUGUUCGGGCGAGCCCAUCCCACCCGAGGAGCUGGAGCGGCGGGAGCGCGUCCGCCGCGAGAAGAAGCUCCUGAAGCAGCUGGAGCGGCAGCAGCGAAAGCUUGCCCUGAAGGGCGUGCACGUGAGCCUGGAGCAGCUGCGGCGCGAGUACGAGAAUCAGCACAAGCCGGAGCCGGAGAUCGACGUGGUGGGCGAGGCGGGCGGCGAGCAGCCUGCGCCUCCCCGCCACACCACCGUCAAGCGGCCGCCCACCUUCUCCAUCGAGAGCAUCCUGGCGCCCUCCAGGACCGAGGAGCGCGGCCCGCCCUCGCCCGGCACCCUGCUGCGGGGCGCGCCCACGCCGCCCCCCACGCCGCAGGACGCGCGCCACGCCCUGCACCUGCCGCCCACCAAGCACGAGGCGCUCGACUCCUCCUCGGAAUGCGACGUGUCCGAGGCGUCCUCCGAGCCCUUCGCCCCCUUCUGCGCCACGGAGCGGCGGGGCGACGCGCCGCUGUCCACCGCCGAGGCCUUGCACCAGCGAGGCGCCUCGGCCGCCGCCCUGUGUGCCCUCAACGCCCGCGCCGCCGCGGCCUCGCUGGACGCCUGUGAGGCCGCGGAGGCCCCGGGCAGCCUGAGUCACGGCGAGGCGCGGGGCGGCGUGGCGCAGGACCUCCCCGUCGGGGACACCGAGGGCCACAUCUGCUGAAGCCCCACUAGUCAGUGCCACGGCGCGGCGCCCCCUCCCCCUGGGCGCCCAGCGACGGCGGGACCAUGAAUCGCGUCGGGCCGGCGUGGCUCCGCCCGGACCUCUGAACACUCUCCCCUCCCCCUCCCACUCCCUGUCCCCUCUCCCCCCACAUCCCCCCCCCUCACCUGAACCACAUCUGUUUUAUCUUGUGUGAAGCAUCAAGCUGACGAGUGGAUGCGUGGAGGCAGCCCUGUGUCCCCUGAGUGUGUGCCGCCACGGACCACAGCACCGCGCCCCGCGCACCGCGACCCUCGUGCCCGGCGGGAAGGCUCCAUGAGCCCCAGGCAGUCUGACGUCCAGAGGGGCAUGCAAGGCGAACGGUGACAGCAAGGGCCUCGCCGGGCCGGGCCGGGCCAGCAGGGGCGUGUGCCCAGUGGGCGGCGUGGGCUGUUCUCCUUCCCGCGGCGCUCCUCACUCGGCCUAGAAUUCUCACGCUCCUCCCGCGCCUCCCUCCCGCUCUGGCCAGGCGCCGCCCUUGACGGAAACCACGCCGCGACCACUGCGACGCCACUGCCUCGCUCACACACACACACACACACACACCCACACACACAUACACACACACACAAAUGGGCCAAUCACGGUGAGGGAUGGCACAGAACUGCCGCCGCUGCUGCUGCCGCCGCUGCCGCCGCCGCCGCCGCCGCCGCCGCCGCAAGCAGCAGCAGCAGCAGCAGCAGCAGUAGCGCGCCGCGGCGCCUUGAGGAGUCUAGGCUGAGUGGCGAUUCUUCUUGUUGUUGCUGUUUGUUGUUUGUUGUUGUUGUUGAUGGUCAAGAAGAGCGAUUUGUAUAACCUUUUUUUCCCUACUUAGUAAUUUCUAAUUCUUCGACAUUCAAUAAAUACAUUAACGAAACCAUUUAUUCUGCCUGGAGAAGACGUGCGUGCGUGCGUGCGUGCAUGUGUGUGUGUAUGUAUGUAUGUAAGUACUGUAUAUAUCUGUGCUAAGGAGAAAAUAUGAAGAACUUAAUAUUCUCCAAACCUUAAUAUGAAACCACUCUCCUCUCUCUCCCUCUCCCUCUCCCCUCUCCCUCCCUCUCAUUCUCUCCCCCAUUACUUUAUAAGAGGAAGCUGCAGGAGGGUAGUGGUGAGGGAGAGAAGCGCCCCAUUAUCAUCGCAGGCAGCCAUGAUAAGGUGACCCACCCCCUAAUUAACAGGUGAGCCGGGGAAACACACCUGUCCCUCCCCUCAGGUGAUGCUGGGGUACUGAACCUCCCCCUCACCUCCCCUCACCUCCCUCACCCCAUCACACCCCCUCACUUCCCUCACCUCCCUCACUCCUCUUAUUCCUCUUCCUUAUCUCUCACUUUAUCCUAUAUUAGUAACCUAACCUAACCUAACUUAUGCUUAUUCCCUCCUUUAUCAAUUUCUCUUCUUCCUUCAACGUUCUAUAUUAUCAUUUUUUUUUUUUUAAGCUAGAGCAAGAAGCAUAUUUUUUUUUACAUUAAUUUCAGUUUGUAGGGUCCGUAUACGCGCUCUCUCUCUCUCUCUCUCUCUCUCUCUCUCUCUCUCUCUCUCUCUCUCUCUCUCUCUCUCUCUCUCUCUCUCUCUCUCUCUCUCUCUCUGUCACGAGGGUUACUAAUGGUGAUGCUAUAGCUAAGCUGAUACAUCACCUGCCACAUACAUCAUCACUAACACACACACACACACACACACACACACACACACACACACACACACACACACA